AUGUACGAAUCAGCCCUGGAAGGAUACAAGAACACAUUCGGGCCUGAGCAGCUAGACACGCUGAGAACCAUGGACGACUUUGCAGGAGUAUUGGUCAACCAACGCAACUACAAGGAGGCAGAGGCACUCUUCAGACAGCUGCUGGCAGGACACGAGAAGGCGCUCGGGAAUGAGCACCCAGACACGCUAAGGUGCGCGCAAAACUUGACACAAAUACUAAAGCGGAUGUUGCGGAAUCGAAACAAGGACAGCGAUGAGAAGGAUGCUGGCCAAGAAGAUGUCAAGACGAUGAAGAGAGGCAGGGAAGUCACAGACGAGGCGUAUGAGGUACCAAAGAAGAGAAAGGUAUGA